AUUCGGUGGAGGAGCGAUCAUGGAUGGGUCCGUCCUAUGCACCGAAACUUUUUACAAUGCAACAAAAUAUUUAAAGAGCAUCAUGCUAUUAUGCACAGAAAAUAUAACAGUAUAUUACUCAGUCAUUUGUAUUAGGUUAAACAAGGAUUUGAUAACGUUUUUAAUUUAAGGUCCACCCACAAUUGGUCUGGCCCAUACAGAACUGGAAUCCUGACGCCGUGCCUGGGCGGAAGUAGCGAAGCGAAAACCGAGCGCCUCUCGUUCGUGCUGGCGUAAAAACAUUGCGAUUUAUUAAACAAACCGGAGGACGACACGGCGGAGACAUGUCUUAAUGUCUUUUAUACCUGAGGCCAGCAUUAGGGAGACCACGUCCCGUCCGUUCGUGAUCCACAUGAGGGAUGCGGAGAGCAUGCAGCCCACCUACAGAAGGGGUGCUGGGGUGUGGAACCAAACCAAGAGCCUCCUCUACAAGAACGUUCUGAUCAAAUGGAGGACCAAGCAGCAGAGUCUCCAGGAGCUGAUCCUGCCCCUGCUGCUGCUGGCCCUGCUGAUCCUCAUCAGCAUCCUGAACCCCCACGUCUACUACAGCGGCAUCUCCACCAUGGAGCUGGAGCGAGAGGACCACUACUUCCUCAAGGGGCUGGGCUACACUCCCAUCACCAACGUCACCACCCACAUCAUGGAGGAGGUGGCCCAGGAAAUGCUCAUCCAGGACCGGCUGGAGAUGUUCUCGAGCGAGGAGGAGCUGGAGAACGCCAGCCUCCACGAGCCCUCGGGCUUCGUGGGCGUGGUGUUCCUGGACGCUGCCGCCACCUCCUACCGGCUCCGCUACCCCUACAACCAGCUGCCGCUGCCCAGCGACUACACCGAGUCCAUCGCUAACUGCUUCGCCAGCUCGCUGAACUGCAGGGCGGCCAACUACUGGUACUCGGGCUUCAUCCGCCUGCAGUCCCUCAUCGACUCCACCAUCAUCCAGAUGCAGACCAAGCGCUCGGUGUGGAGCGAGAUGAACCUGCGGGUGGUGAUGAUGGGCCAGCCGGGCUCGGUGGAGGUGCAGAAGUUCUCCCACGCCCUGAUCUCCAUCUACCUGGUGCUGACCUUCACGCCCUUCGUCACCUUCCUCAUCGUCAACGUGGUGGCGGAGAAGGAGCAGCGUCUGAAGGACACCAUGACCAUGAUGGGCCUGUACGACACGGCCUUCUGGCUGUCCUGGGGCCUGCUGUAUGCGGGCCUGGUCCUCGUCAUGUCCGUCCUGAUGGCGCUCAUCGCCACCUACACGGCGCUCUUCCCCAACAGCGACUUCUUCGUCAUCUUCCUGCUCAUCUUCCUCUACGGCAUCUCCUCCAUCUUCUUCUCCUUCCUGCUGACCCCCCUGUUUAAGAAGCCUAAGUUCGCCAGCACGGUGGGCAGCCUUCUGACCGUGGUGUUCGGCUGCCUGUCGCUCUUCACCGUGCUCAUCAACGACUUCCCCCAGCCGCUGGUCUGGCUGCUCUGCCUGCUGUCGCCCAGCGCCUUCUCCCUGGGCAUCGCACAGGUGGUGUAUCUGGAGGCCCAGGGUGACGGAGCAGUGUUCUCCACCCUGACCAACGGGCCCCACCCGCUCUACGUUCCUCUGCUCAUGCUGCUGCUGGACUGCGGCCUCUACCUGCUGCUGGCCGUCUACCUGGACCAGGUGCUGCCCGGGGAGUUCCGCAUGAGGCGCUCGGUCCUCUACUUCCUGAAGCCGUCCUAUUGGUCGCAGCGUAAGAAGCGUUACGUGGAGGUGAGCUCUGUGUACGAGGCGGAGGUGAACGGCGCCCCCGCUGGAGAGGAGGCCAUCGAGCCCGUGUCCCUGGAGUUCAGAGGCAAAGAGGCCAUCCGCAUCCACAACAUCCAGAAGGUCUUCAAGGAGAAGGACAGCGUGGUGAACGCACUCAGAGGCUUGACCUUUGACAUCUACGAGGGCCAGAUCACGGCCCUGCUGGGACACAGCGGCGCCGGUAAGUCGGCCCUGAUGAACAUCCUGUGUGGCAUCAGCCCGCCCAGCGGGGGCGUGGCCAGCCUGUACGGCCAGCCCGUGGCGGACCUGGCCGAGGGGCCGGAGCUGAAGCAGCUGGUGGGCGUGUGUCCGCAGUUCAACAUCAUCUUCGACGUGCUGACGGUGGAGGAGCACCUCAACAUCUUCGCCGCCAUCAAGGGCAUCCUGCCCGCCGACGUGGACGCGGAGGUGAAACGGGUUCUGAAGGAGCUUGACAUGGAGAAGAUCAUGGAUGCCCAGGCCAGGAACCUGAGCCGCGGCCAGAAGAGGAAGCUCUCCGUGGGCAUCGCCAUCCUAGGAGACCCUAAGAUCCUGCUCCUGGACGAGCCGACGGCGGGCAUGGACCCGUGCUCGCGGCACCAGGUGUGGUCUCUGCUGAAGAAGCGCCGUGCGGGCCGGGUCACGGUGCUCAGCACCCACUACAUGGACGAGGCCGACAUCCUGGCCGAUCGCAAAGCGGUGAUUUCUCACGGCCAGCUCAAGUGUGUGGGCUCCUCCCUUUACCUGAAGACCAAGUGGGGCGUGGGAUACCACCUCCGAAUGUCACUCGAUGACGGCUGCAAGACGGAGAGCAUCCAGGAAGUGGUCCAGCAACACGUCCCCACGGCAACGCUGCUACGGCAACGGGACACGGAGCUCACCUUCACGCUGCCCUUCGAGAGCAUAGACGCCUUCACAGGCCUGUUCUCUGAGCUCGACUCCCAGGCACACCUCGGGGUGGUCAACUACGGCGUCUCCAUGACUACGCUGGAGGAUGUUUUCCUCCGCUUGGAGGCCGAGGCAGAAGUGGACCAAGCCGACUACAGCGUGUUCAACCAGGACCAGGAGGAGGACGAGGGGGACUCCUGCUCCCUGGACGACACAGACCAGCGGCUGCUGACCUUCUCCGACGGGCGCUCCAGCCCCGCGGCAGGACGGGUGCUCUGGAGGCAGCAGUUCAGCGCCGUGGCCUGGCUGCACAUGCUCAACAUGGUCCGCGAGAGGAAGGCCUUCAUCUACAUUCUGGGCAUGCUGCAGGUGUUUGUGCUGGCCAUGGUGAUGCUGUCGCUGGUCACCGGACACAUCCAGAUCCACUCCUCGGACCGCGAGUUCCGGCCCCUCUACCUGCUGAAGAGGAGCCAGGCCCCCAGGAAGUACGCCACCAGCCUGCUGGUCCAGAACUCCUCCGACUCGGACAUCUCCGGCUUCAUCCACAACCUGGAGGCCCAGGACAUCAAGGUGGAGCUGAUGAAGCAGAACGACUACAUGGCCGCCGCCCCGCACAGCGCAGCCAUCAACGUCACCGGAUCCAGCAAGGGCUUUGAGUACAGCCUGGCGUUCAACAGCACCACGGUGCACUCCCUGCCCAUGACCGUCAACGUCCUGAGCAACGCGCUCCUCCGAGGCCUCAACGGAACCGGUCGGAUCCGGACCUGGACCAAACCCUUCGACUACCAAAUCCCUGACACCAUGUCCUACGUCAUGGUCUACAUCGAGGCCAUCAUACUGGGCAUGUUGGCCGCUGGGAUGCCGGCCUACUUUGCCAUGGACCACACACGCGAUCGGGAGAUCAAGUGUCGCUCCACCCUGCGUAUCUCGGGCCUGAUGCCGUCGGCCUACUGGUGCGGCCAGGCGGCGGUGGACGUGCCCCUCUUCUACCUCAUCCUCUGCUCCAUGGUCACCAUCUUCUUCGCCUUCCACACGGGGAACCUGCUGAGCUCCGUCAACAUGACCUGCGUGAUGGGGUGCACGGUGGGCUUCGGACCGGCCAUCAUCCUCUUCACCUACGUGGUGUCCUUUGGCUUCACCCGCGUCCAAAGCAACCGCGACUUCCUGUCUGUCAUCUCCAUGAUGGUGUGCAUCGUGACGGCCUCCUUCGUCAAGCUCCUGUUCAUGAACGGCAACCAGCUCCUCACACGGACUCUGCUCCUCCUCCUGUGCCUGUUCAACCCCCUCUACCCCCUCAUGGCCUGCCUCAACAUCAUCACCAAGGCCACCUUCUUGCCGGCGCUCUACAAGGAGAACCUGCUGUGGAAGAACCUGAUGGUCGCCGUGAUCGCGCCCUACCUGCAGUGCGUGGUCCUGCUCUACCUGCUCUACUGGCUGGAGCAGAGACAGGCGGGGGGGGCCCCCAAGACUGACCAGUUCGGAAGGUUCAUCGCGCCCCGGGCGGAGCGGGCCCCCGAGGAGCCUCAGAGUGAGGACGAGGACGUGCGUCUGGAGCGUGGCCGCGUGGCCGAGGCCCUCAGGGGCCCCUGCACUGAGGAGAAGCCCGUGGUGGUGGUCAGCAACCUGACCAAGCAGUACAAAAGGGAGGGGGAGGACCCCCCACUCAGCAGGAGAGGGAAGCUGGCCGCCCAGAACAUCUCCUUCUGCGUCCGCAAAGGAGAGGUUCUUGGGCUGUUGGGCCCCAACGGCGCCGGGAAGAGUACAAUCAUGCACAUGCUGUCAGGGGACAUCCGCCCCACUGCGGGCCAGGUCCUGAUGGACGACAGCAGCUCGGAGUACCGGCCGGCGGGCGCGGCCCAGCAGCAGGUAGGCUACUGCCCCCAGGUCAACCCGCUGUGGCCCCGGGUCACGCUCCGGGAGCACCUCGAGUUCUACGCCGCCGUCAAGGGGCUGCAGGGGUACACCGUCCCCGACGUCAUCAAGCGCGUGGUGAACGCCCUGGAGCUGAAGGACCACCUGGACCAGCAGGCCAAGAGCCUGUCAGCGGGGGUCAAGAGGAAGCUGUGCUUCGCGCUGAGCAUGCUGGGUAACCCCCAGGUGGUGCUGCUGGACGAGCCGUCCGCCGGGAUGGACCCCAAGUCCAAACAGCGCAUGUGGCGGGCCAUCCGCUCGGCCUUCCGGGACCGCCAGCGGGGGGCCGUCAUCACGACCCACUACAUGGAGGAGGCGGAGGCCGUGUGCGACCGCGUGGCCAUCGUGGUGUCGGGACAGCUGAGGUGCAUCGGGUCCAUCCAGCACCUGAAGGCGCGCUACGGCCGGGGCUACAGCCUGGAGGUGACGCUGAAGGAGGGGCCGGCCGGGCUGCGGCCCGCCGCCCUCCUGCACCACGAGAUCCUGCGCAUCUUCCCGCACGCCGUCAGACAGGAGAGCUUCACCACUCUCAUGGUUUAUAAGAUCCCCAUGGAGGACGUCCAGUCGCUGUCCAAUGCAUUCUCCUGCUUGGAGCGUGCGAAACAAUCCUUCAACUUCGAGGGCUACAACUUCUCCCAGUCGACGUUGGAGCAGGUGUUCAUGGAGUUCGCCAAGGAGCAGGAGAAGGAGGAGGACGAGGGGGGCUCCCUCAGCACCACCUUCCAGUGGCAGCGCCUCCACCCGGACGGCGCCGCUCCACCCAACCAGCCGGACAGCAUGGUGCAGCAGCUCUGAGCACCGCCGCCCCCUGCAGGCCAGGACACCACCGCCCCCUACAGGCCAGGGGAGGAAGGACAGGACUAAAGCGUGGCACUGGCGGUGGUGGUGGAGGUGGUAAGGUCCCCCACCUGCCCCCCACAGACACAGGAACCACAGGGACUCUGUGAUUGGCAGGACCCUGGUUUGGAGGUAGAGCAUCCAGGUGUGUGUGCGUGUGUUUGUAUUAUGCUCUUUUGUAUUAUUAUUGUUUGAAAUGGGUCGGUCAAAAAAAAAAAAAAAAGAAGAAUUAUAAGACUAAAUAUGAUGCGUAUGCUUUUCUAAUUGUGUCUGUUGAAGACGGGGAAUCAGUAGUUCCAACUGUUCUCGCUCGGCUCCUCAAAUCGUGGCCCGUUGGGAAGUUUCUGUGUGAAACUGUCUGUGUGUGGUUGUCUGUGUCUGUCUGUUUGUGUGUCAUUUAACACUGGUCCGUCCCGAUCCAACCUCCAAGUACCAAAGCAGCGCGUCUUUAAACCACUUCACACAGAUUGUGCACACACCUAAACACACCGCUGUAACACGGGGAGGAGUUUCUACACGCUCAGUAGCAUGUGAAUAAAUGUUUAUAAAUUGAAGAACAGUUCCAAGAGAGGCCACUUGUUGCAGUGCAGGUCGGCCUGCAGUGACCUCUAGUGGUUCCUCGCACUGAUUGCAGAUGAACGCAAAUCCAGACAAUAGUAGAAGACGCGGUUCUCUUCUUCUUCGCAACAGCAUGCAAGCCAGAGAGAAGGCUGUAUUAUUGUUAUUAUUUGCUUAGUUUUCGUUUGGCAAAGGAUGGUCUUGGGGUUCUAUGCCUGUUGCAUGGACCUAUUAAAGAAGGCGUUGUGUCACCUCUCCUCCUUCAACGCGGCAGCGCUACCGUGGGCAGAACACCACAGAAUAUGCACAACAGUACAUGUAGCACACACGCGACAUUUGUCACGAAUGCCAUCCUCAGUUGUGGAGACAUCAAUUGUAUUUAAAGGGGUGUGUGUGUGUGUGUGUGUGUGUGUGUGUGUGUGUGUGUGUGUGUGUGUGUGUGUGUGUGUGUGUGUGUGUGUGUGUGUGUGUGUGUGUGUGUGUGUGUGUGUGUGUGUGUGUGUGUGUGUGUUGGGCAGAUCAAAGUACUAUGUGUAGCUUGUCGUCACAGUUCCACUUUGGUGCCACUUUUAAACACACCGAUACGUUUUGGUACAUUUAUCUAACUGGAAUGGUGUGUGAGUCCUAAUGCUAUAAACAUGUAAAUAUGUGUGUGUGUAAGAUGAAUCCACUUUGGGUGUGUAUCUAGCCUGCACACGAGUCUAGAUCUGAUGUAAUGUUGUCUAACGAGGUUCAGAUGACCCAUGCAGGAGCCAUCUUUACACAACGCACUUCCAAAUCUACUGAGGCAUUGCCUGGUUCUGUUGUGAUUGACUCCUUUUUAAAAAAAUUAAAACCUGAAAUGAGCAACUCUGGAUAACAGCAUGAUACUAAUGGUGGCUGGCUUGUUCAAACGUUACCGCAUACUCCGAGCACUUCUCCAGCUGGCUGCAAUCUGUCUCUGUUCGAAUCCGAUACUCAAUGUCACGUUUAUUUCUACUUGACUGUUUCAGAGAGCUUGGGGUAUGAGCGUCACAUUUUGGAGUUUAUAUUAUAUCGUUCUCAUUUGUUCAUGUCUCCUUCUUGACGUGGAGAAAGUCACCGAAAGGGACAGGCCAUGCUAGAGGUGCUAGCCAUCGUUGAUUUGGAAAGCACUGGCAACAGCCAUCACUAGUUUGUAUUGCGCUAGCUAUCACAUUAACAUCAGGCGUUUCAAGGCAUUCCUGGCCAGGUGUGGUUUUUGGUUAGCCAUAACCAUAAUUCUUUACACUUAAUUUUGGGGUAUUAAAGGCUAUGGAGUAAAUAUGUUUUGUUUAGAUAAUAAUCAAUAAUUUGUUUAUUAUGUCGAAUCAUAAUGAAAAUUUCCAGCUGACGUAUCAGUAGGCUCUCGCAUAAUUCAAAAUUGAUUUGUCACAUGAAAGUAUGGAACAAAUAUUAUGCAGGGUGAGAGAAACGAUAACAAAAGCGAUUUGGAUCAUAUUCAAGGAUUAUUUAAUUCUUUAAUGCAUACAGCUGGAAAAAACGAAAAAAAAAAUAUUUGCAGUAGGCCCUACAUGAGUGGCUCUUGCUCUUGCCCCUAGAAUCUCAACUCGCAAAUAAUUUUUGAUAUUAAGAUCUUUUAGAUCCUGUUAUAUUUUCCCAGUCUCAUCCUUCCCAGGAAGCCAGCCUUUUGCCAUAUUGUACAAUACAACUGAGAGAACAUAGGAUGGAAUGGUUUUCUUUACCCUCUUUUGCAAUGCUAGUGUGUUCCUUUUGCGUCAAACAUUCUGUAACUUUGCGAUUCUUGUCUCUGUCCAACUUGACGAUUUCUGCGUCCUUUUGAAUAAGAUGUAGCCAGACAAGUAACAUCGACUUUCUUUGCACUUCUCGAAUGCCUGCUACCAGAUCCACGAGAAAACGCAUCCAGAAAAACACUCCUUGCCUCCAUACAACAACGGCAUUAAAGGGCGAUAGGUAUUUCAAUUUGAGUAGUUGUUUUUCCUUGGUGGAGGUACAAUUGCACUAUUUCUGGGAAAUGUUUUAUAAUGGUUCUGUAUAUUAUGCAAUCUUUGUAAGAUUAUCUCUACACUGAUUUUUAUUUUUUAAAGAUUGUAGUUUAGCAGUGUGCUGUAUUUUUGCUUCUUUCUCUAGCCUUAAUAUUAAGAUGAUGUUGAUGGUUUUAUCUUUGUGGUUUCUAUCAUAUCCUGUCAUGAAUAAAAUAAAUGUAAAAUGA